AUGGCGGGACAGGCAGCAGAGCAGCAACAACAACAGCAGCAGCAGCAGCCACAGCAGCCGCAGACGCCCCAGGAGCCGCAGGAGGUGGCAGAGCGGCCGCCGUGGCUGGGCACCACCGCGGAGCACUGCCGGGAGAUGGUGGAUAGAGCCACGAGCCGAAAUCCGACGGUCAAAUUCAUGAUACAGAAGAUGGAGGAGUCGGGCUGCGCUGUGGGCAAGGACUUCAUCCAGAUAGAAAAGUGCGAGGCGGAGGUGGGGGGCGGCUUCCGCCCGCCAGACGGCGUCGUCAUCUGCCACAACCACUUGGCCUCCCAGGAGGAGAUCAACCACGCGCUGACCCACGAGCUGGUGCACGCCUACGACCACUGCCGCGCCUGCAACCUGGACUGGACCGACUGCCAGCACCACGCGUGCAGCGAGAUACGCGCCGCCGCGCUGUCGGGCGACUGCAACUUCAAGCAGGAGGUGCUGCGCGGCAACCUGGCGGUGCGCGGCCAGUUCCAGAAGUGCGUGCGGCGGCGCGCGGAGCUGUCGGUGGGCAUGAACCCGUACUGCGAGGGCGCGCGGUCGGCGGCGGCGGUGGACGCCGUGUUCGAGGGCUGCUUCGCAGACACGGCGCCCUUUGACCGCAUACCAUAG